AUUCACGUUAAAAUAAAAUCAAAUAAAAUCAUAGAUUUAAGGAGGAUUCAUGGAGCAUGAAUUUCUAUAUAAAUCAGUAAUCAAAGCAAUGGGAAAAGGAGAAGGUGGUAUGGCAAUGGGAUCUUCAAGACUGUUUCUCUUGUUUUAUUUGGUUCUCCCAUUCCUUGCUACUCUCACCCUUACAGCCGAUCAAUACUUUCAGGAUCGUUGUAUAAGCGCAGCAGGUAACUAUACCACAAACAGCACUUACCAGGCCAACCUCAACAACCUCUUCUUUCAACUCACAUCUCUGACAGAAUUCAACUAUGGGUUCUAUAAUCUGUCUGCUGGUGAAUACACCACCAAAGUUAAUGCAAUCGCACUUUGCAGGGGGGACAUAAACCAAGCUGAUUGCAAUGGUUGCCUCAAUGAUACCAUAUCUGAACUCAGGCAGCGAUGUCCCUUUUACAAGGAGGUGGUUGGAUGGUCUGAAUUUUGUAUGCUGCGCUACGCAAACUGAGACAUCCUUGGAGAAAUGGAAGACUCUGCUGGCGCUUGUCUACUCAACACACAGGACGUAGCGAAUGCUGAUCAGUUCCAUCAGGCAUUGGGUAACCUGUUGAAUAAUCUGAGCAGUCGAGCUGCAGCUGGGGGUCCUCUUCGCAAGUAUGCAGCAGAUAACUUAUGGGUGGGCGCCUUUCAAACAGUAUAUGCUCUAGAACAGUGCACUCCUGAUUUGUCCGAGCAAGAAUGUCGUGAUUGUCUAACUGUGGCUAAAGCAAGGGAUUGGAGGUUGCUGCUUUGGGAAGAUGGGAUGCAGGGUUGUUAGACCAAGCUGUUUCUUGAGGAGAAUCUGGAAACUUUUCUGGGUUUAUGAUGAAUUUUCUGGUUGAAGUUUGAUGUUUUUGCUUGAACCUGGCGACUCGCGUAAAGAUCCGCACUUCAAGCCUGACCCGAUGGCAGGUUUUCCUUUUUUCUUUCAUCCUAGUU